GUCGAGCGGCGUGGACGAGCUGCUGAAGUUGGCCAAACAGUUUGACUUCAACAUGUUCCGUCAGGACGAGGAGGACGUGGAGGACGAGGAGGACGUGGAGGACGUGGAGGACGUGGAGGACGUGGAGGACGUGCACCAGCAGAGUCUGGAGCUCCUGUCUGAGGACAUCUUGGAUUUUGAGAACAACGACCAGGACGAUUUUCCCCCUUUGCUUCACAGAGGCUGUGAACCUGCCGGGACGGACGCACACGUUCUACUGGAGCAACACACGGAGAACGAUUUGGACUUUCUAUUCGAUGGACCGACCCAACGCGUGAGCGGAACUUUAAGUCAGGUGUCGUCUGCUCAGACGUCACAAGUUAAACCUGCUCUCGUUUUAUCUUCCAAAGAGGCUUCUGGGAAAUCUGCAGCUGUUUCCACCACGAACAGUCGCGGCAGGGCAGCGCACGAUGAGUUCGAGGACGACUGGGAAAAUGAUGACUUGCUAAUCGAUUCACUGGUUUUGGAAAUGACACAGAAUCCACAGUUCACUGGUCCGAUGCACAGUUCAACACAGAAACCGACCUGUGGAGACCAAUCAGCUGUUUGUGCAGCGGAAAAAGGAAAAGAGACACAAAGAACAACUUUCAAACUGGAAUCAAACCCUAACUUCUCUGUGAGGAUCCAGACGUGGACAAACUCCAAACCAGCAGGCGACGACACUCGGAGCGGGUUUUCAGGUUUUCCCGCUCCGUCCCAGCGUCUCAGACAAACGUCAAACUCAGAAGCUCAGAAAUCCUGGUUUGAUCAGAGGACGAGUGAUUUCAGCUCGUCUGCCUCGAACGCAGCUCUGACAACAGCAACUCAGAGUUUCCCAAAGAAACCUGCCGCACUUUCUUCCCUCGUGGAGCCCGCGGGCGUCUCUGGCGUCCUGGAUGAGGACCUGGACGCCUUCUUCUCAUCGGAGCCGGUUUGGGACGAUCCCUCUGACGACAACCUGCUGUGUGAAAUGUGUGAGGACCUGGAGAACCAGAUCCAGAGCUCGGACAACGUGUCCGCCAAACUGACUGUGACGUCGAACCAGAGAGCAGCGCUGCAACCGUCCAACAGAGCCUGGGACAACAGGAGCCACCAGCCAGCCAAUCAGCAGCCAGUUCUCCAGAAACAAACAGGUCGCCGGCUGGCUGCCGUCUCGUCCUCUAACGUCACUGCAGGCGUUCAGGUGAACGUGGAGCAGGAUUCCUUCAGAUUCGCUCAGACUAAAAGCACUUCAGGAUCCACCGACCCCCGCAUGGUGGCGAGCAGCCAGGUCCAGUCAGCUGCUGCGGCGCCGCUGCGUAACGCCAUCAAAGAGCAGUUCACCUUCAAGAAGCCAAACAACCCGGUUUCCACGGCAACCAACAAAGUUGUGGGUAAAUGCUCGGCAGCAGAGAUCGAGCUGAAGAAGCUGCGGGCGAUGGAGAGACGACGACAGCGACUGCAGGGCGUGACAUCACAGCUGCAGGAAAGAUGAACAGAGAUGAGCUCAGAAAUAGUUACGCUAACGGAACUUAGUGCCGACUGAUCCUGAAAGAAUCGACGAGCGCCUCAGACGUCGUUCUUUCACCAAACACGUGUUCGUCUGAGGCCGCUGAUGGUUUGGACAUGAAAUCAUUUUAUCUUUACCUCGAAAACUCUGACAUGAAACAGUCGAGAAUAUUUUAAAAGAUUCAUUUUAAAUUAAAGAAAUUUCCUUGAA